AUGCCCGCAAAGACGACAAUCUUUGACCUGCGCUGUAACGUCAUUUAUGACUUCGGGACAGCGCCGCGCAACUUCAUCUUGUACAAUCCGCAGGGCCGGCUGCUGUUGAUCGCCGGCUUCGGGAACCUUGCGGGCACAAUGGAGAUCUGGGACCGCCGCACGCUGGAGAAAUUAGCGAUGAUUGAGGGCUCAAAUACGUCCCAUUGCAAGUGGAGUCCCAACGGCGGCUUCAUCAUGUGUGCCACCUUGAGUCCGCGACUUCGGGUCGAUAACGGCGUCCGUAUCUUCCACUAUCGCGGCCAACUCAUCCAUGUCAACCCAAUCGAACAUCUCUACGCGGUAAGCUUGUACGGUCUCGCAGCGUUGUCUUUCUUUGAUCUGAUCCCCGGUGUCUGUUUUCACGCUUCGUGGAGAUCGCGGGAUGCGGAGCUGUUCCCGUUUCGGAUGUCCCUCUCACCUGCGCCCAAACCCACUGGCAACGCGGCCACUCCUCCCCCAGUGACCCCAGGUGAGCAUGAGCGAACGAAGUGA